AUGGGGGAGCAAUCGACGCCAUAUUCUGUUCCAGAUGAGAGCAGAACCUUAUUGAGAGACGGCAUUCUGAACCACAGGUUGCAUAGCUCAUUACCGCCAGAGUGCAAAGAGUUUGCCCAGUAUGUGAAGUAUGAAGGGUCGGCCGCACCGAGCAUUGCAAUCAACUGGAGAUUCGCAGAAAGCGUCUCGUCGUUGAAAGGCCUUGAGGCGACACUGAUUAACGUUUUACUUGGACGAAAGUAUGACGAACCACCGAAGGAAGUGGUCAUUAACACGGAUCAUGCACAACUGUUCUUUAUGUCUUCUUUGGUUCUCGAAAUCAAUCCGGACUUCUCAGCACCUAUCUCACCGACGCCGGUACGCGAUUUGACCGACAAAUAUGCGAACUAUUUCCCAAGUGGCGACAUCCAUCGAAUGGCUUCAUCACUCUACCGUCGAGCUGUUCACAACAUCUACAAGACGAAAGACGACCGGUGGUUUCACAUACACGGUAGCCUCAACCCAGAGCCAUCCUUGAAAGGAGCAGGACUACCACUUGACAUGCCCGAGCUUAAGACGUUCGAAGAUUCUUGGCAACCCUACAUCAAGCGCAUCCGUGAAAAGACCGCAGUUGAAUGGGACCAUAUUCUCGGUGAGGAAUGCCGUCAGGCUGCUACCAUCUGUCUCGAUCCUCAAGAGUACAGGGACAGCCCACAAGGCAAGGCGAAUUCUGCAGUGGGCUUAUAUCGAAUCACAAAGCAAGAGGGGUCGGCACAAGCAGCGGGAUGGUGGCGUCCGACAACCUUUACAGGCCCACGACGGCCGCUCGCUGGACUAAAGAUCGUGGAUUUGACCAGAGUAAUUGCAGGUCCAGCUAUAGGGCGAGGUCUGGCAGAGCUAGGCGCAAGUGUGAUGAGGGUUACAGCUUCGCACCUUCCGGAUUUCUCAGGUCUUCACCCUGAUUUGAAUUGGGGCAAGUGGAAUUGCAACCUAGAUCUACGUGGUGAGAGUGAUAGAUUCAAGCUCAAAGAUCUGAUACUGGACGCAGACGUUGUUAUCAACGGCUACAGGCCUGACGUGUUCGUCAAAUACGGCUUCGGCCAGGAUCAGGUUUUUGAACUCGUCAAGAACAGGCAACGGGGCAUUAUCUACGUGAGAGAGAAUUGCUUUGGAUGGGAUGGUCCAUUGUCGCACAGAAGUGGUUGGCAGCCGAUAAGUGACGCCCACACUGGUGUGGCAAUGGGAUAUGGUCGAGCCAUGGGCAACGACGAGGCUGUAAUCCCUGUUUUUCCAAACUCUGACUACUGCACGGGGAUAGCAGGUACAUGUGGCGUUUUGGAAGCUCUCAUGGAGCAGGCACGCCAUGGCGGCUCCUAUCUCAUUGACACAUCACUCAACUAUUACAAUCAAUGGUUGACUUCGACAGUUGGAGAGUAUCCUCUUCAAGUAUGGAAGGAUGUCUGGGCACGCAAUGGGAGGCAAGUUUUCCGCCACUACCAUAGCAUGAACUAUACGAUCCCUCGCUACUUCGAAAUGAUGCGGAAAGAAGGAACAAUCCUCGAUUUAAAAUAUUUCGAGAAGAGGGUGUCUAAAGCGCAGGGUGACCUCGUAUUCAGGGCACCGAAGGCGGUCCUCCAAUUCCCACCGAACACGGUACAGCUUAGCUUCAAUGUUGGCACUCGUGGGAAUGGAAUUGAUGAACCCAAGUGGCCGGAUGAUCUAUUGACUGAGAUUGUGAAAUAA